CAUACUUAUCAAAAGUGGCAACAAUUGAAUGCCAGAAACAUUUCUCCACUGCCAGCGUAGAAGUUCGGCAAAGUCCCCAAAACGCAUGGCAGAACCGGAAAGGAGGCGUGGCAAGGACGAGAGGCUUUGGCAGAGCAGCCCCGACGCCAAUCCCCCACAAACCCAGAUCCGCACAGAGCAGCCUCAUCCAUCACCACCCCAUAAGCCGCAUCGUAACCAUGACAACGGCCAAAGAUCCCAAAGAUCUUCGGAAGGGGAGCAAUCCAUGCCGGAAAUCAUAGUGGCGGGGAAGUACCGCCUGCUGAGUCGCAUUGGAAACGGUUCCUUCGGGGAGCUCUACCGGGCCGAGGGCCUCAAGUACGGCGAGAAGGUGGCCAUUAAACUGGAGAGCGCAUCGGUCAACUAUCCCCUGCUGCCCCGUGAGGCCAAGAUCUACGAGGUCCUGCGGGGCGGAGAGGGCAUCCCCCACGUGCGGCACUUCUGCACCGAGGGGGUGUACAACGUCAUGGUGAUGGACCUGCUGGGUCCCACCCUGGAGGACCUCCUGAACCUCUGCGCGCGGUCCUUCAGCAUCAAGACCACCCUGAUGCUGGCCGACCAGAUCCUGGCGCGCGUGGAGCUGCUCCACCGCAAGUGCUUCAUCCACCGCGACAUCAAGCCGGACAACUUCCUGAUGGGCCUCGGGCGCCACUGCACCCAGGUCUUCAUGAUCGACUUCGGGCUGGCCAAGAAGUUCUACAGCCUGCGCUCCCAGAAGCACAUCGGCUACUCGGAGAAGAAGGAUCUGGUGGGCACGGCUCGCUACGCCAGUGUGCGGGCCCACUACGCGGAGCAGGGUCGUCGGGAUGACCUCGAGUCCGUGGGCUACUUGCUGCUCUACUUCCAGCGGGGUCGUCUGCCCUGGCAGGGCAUCCGGGCCCAGUCGCAGGUCCAGAAGUACGAGAAGAUAGCCGAGUGCAAGGCGAAUAUGUCGCUCCAAGCCAUUUGCGCCGGCCUGCCCACUGAGUUCUACGUGUACCUGAAGUACUGCCGCAAGCUGCACUUCGCCGAAAAUCCGGACUAUUUCUAUCUGCGCCAGCUUUUCGUGGUGCUCUUCAAGAACCAGACGUUGCUGAAUGACUCCCUGUACGACUGGGUGCUUCUGCAGCAGGAAACGCAGGCUCCGCAGGAAAAGCAAGGGGGUAAAAAGGUCAGGGAGCGGGGCAGGGAUAAAGAAAGGUGUGUUACUGAACGGAAUCGUAAUAGGGAUAGGCAGCAUCCCCGAGAUUCGGCAAGGAAUCGUGAUACGAACCGGGAUAGGGGGCUGGAGCCGAUUGAAAAUACGACUAGGAAUGGCGAACGCAACAGAGUUCGUGUAAAGGGCUGUAACCAAGAAGAUAAGUCGCCAAAGAAGGAUGGUGAGGCCUGCUGUAGUUACCACCUUCGCAAGAAGCGCGUCCGCGAUCGGGAACGGGAUCGGAGGCUGGAGCAACAGACUGAGCGGAGGAUUCACCCGGAGCCGCAGGAACCCCACCGGAUGCAGCCCUGACUUUGAUAUUACGCUGUUUGUAAAUGUCUCUAUCCUUUGUUUGGCGAAUCAACGGCUCGGGUAAUUGGCAAGGACUGCCAGGGCAAACAGCUACACACCUGGUAACGGCAAACAAUGGGGCGAAACUUUGUGGGGCGUCCUGUACGGGGAAACCGAUACCCUAAGUACUCGAUGGGCAUAGCAGAUAAUGGAAAGUUGUGGGGUGUUCUCAACAGCACCAUUCUACGGGAAAGUUUACAGGGGCUAAGUAAAGUAGGUUCAGUGUACUUAACCAGACUCAUGUUCCAUUAGUUAACACCAUAGGGAACUCGAAAUAUGUUUGUUUAUAAAUUUGGGA